AUGAUUGGAUUUCCUGUAGAAAAUCUGAUCAGUGACCCGAUUGGUGGAGUCAUCUCUUUGAGAAGAUACAGUACCCCUUCUCUUCUGGAAUGCCAGGAUCCUAUAGUCGAUAAUGUACUGAAGGUCAUCAGAAGUAAACUACCACUGUCGGAGCCUCUUCAUAUCAGUUUGGUCAGAAUUUUCCAAAGAAUGGAAGGUGUUACUUUGUUGAAAGUCGUUACUCUUGAAAAGUCAAUCUUACCGUUUGUUGACAACUACUUCAAACAAUUAUGUAUCACGCACCGGAUCCCAAUUCCAAAUCCAUGGAAGCCACACUUCUAUUACUUUGCCACUUGUUACCUCAAGACAAUCAACCGUCCAUUGAAGAAAUGGGAGCAAAACUUGAUGAUUUUGAAAAUGUCAUCGAUUGCUGGAAAUAAUGACAAUCUUUCAGGCGGAUAUUCUACAACACUGGUAAAUAACUCAAGUCCGCUAACCACCGCGAGCGACGGGGACAGUUCAACACAAAAGAAAAGACAUGCAACAGUCAGUACUGACACAUAUUCUAUCAAUCCCAAUCCAACAAACCUCAAGGAAGUCAGCGUUCAGAUGGCUAAGAAUUUGUCGAAAGUCCGAGAAAUCAAAUUGAAACAACCAAAACCCCGAUUCUCGGCAAAACUAUCCAAGUAUAGAAGAAUGAGUGCUCAUAACUGA